UCUUAAACAAAACGACACCGUUGCCAGAUCCCGAUACCGACUCAGUGUCCACAUUGAUCGCAUUCCACACCGCCUUCAACGGAAAAGUAAAGUACGCUCACGUCUUCUACUUUUCCUUCAACCAAUUUUCCUAUUUUUAUUUAUUUAUUUCUCUCUAUAUAUUCUCUCUCUCUCUUUCUAUAUUCUAAUUAUUAUAUUCAUUCAUUCUUAUUCCACCACCGCCAUCAUUCAAUUCAAUUAUUUCAUCUUCUUCAUAUUCACCUUUCAAAACAACACCAGAUCAUUUUUUUUUUCUUUCUUUUCUAAGAAAGAAAAUAGAAUAGGAGAUUUGGUCUUUGUCGAUUUCGUAUCUCAGAAUAGAAAAAGAGAAAAUAUUAAAAAAAUGAGUUCGAUUCAUUUGAUUAACACUCUCCCACUUAGCACUCCACAUCGGAUCAUUUUACCUCAUUGCCAUUCUUUGCUUCCUUCUUCCGUCCUACCAAAACGACACCGUUUUGCACAAUCCGCUAGGUUCAGUGUUGUUUCAUCCCAAACCGUUAAUUCGGUUCCGCGCGCGAAUGGAACUUAUACAGUUUCUGAUUUCAUGACUAAAAAGCAUAAUUUGCAUGUUGUUAAAACCACUACUUCCGUUGAUGAAGCUUUGGAGGCUCUUGUCAAGAACAGAAUCAGUGGUCUUCCGGUGAUCGAUGAGGAAUGGAAUCUGGUUGGAGUUGUUUCAGAUUAUGACUUGUUAGCAAUUGAUACAAUAUCAGGUAGCAGUGAUGCAAGCUUAUUCCCUGAUGUGGACAGUACUUGGAAAACAUUCAAUGAGAUACAAAAGCUGCUUAGUAAGACCAAUGGAAAAGUUGUCGGGGACUUGAUGACUCCAAGUCCACUUGUUGUUCAUGAAUCCACUAGUCUGGAGGAUGCUGCCAGGCUGUUGCUUGAAACAAAAUAUCGUCGACUACCUGUGGUAGACAAAGAUGGAAAGCUGGUUGGACUUAUUACAAGGGGGAAUAUUGUUAAGGCGGCUCUACUGUCAAAGCGCUCUGGUGAGAGGCUCACAUAGUUUGACAAAAACAGAAUUCAAGUGCUCCUGUAGUCAUAGUCAGGUGGAUAUUUUGUCUAUUAAGAAUGGAUGUUUCAGCCCAAAAGGGGAGCUGAAGGCAACUUGUGAUGACCUUCAGAGACCUUUAAAGUGGGUGAUUAAUAUACUUAUUACCAUUUAGAGGAAAGCGAGUUAUCGAUCUCCUUACCUGACAUUGUUUCUGUGCGUUGAAUUCUUUAGGCUUAAAGACAGUAUAUAUCCAGUUAAUAUUUGUAUAGGCUCUCUUAAAUCUUGAUAGGUAUGGGAUUGGAAUAAGAUUCAUUUUGAGAACUGUAAUAUAAUUUGCAAAUUGGUUAGCAUUAUAGUUUAAACAUGAUGUAUAAUGUCCCUCGUCCUCUUUCCUAUUGUAUCA